ACGGCACGUGGUGGUGGGUGGGUUGGUGGGAGAGCCGUUGCCUUCGCUUGUGGUGAGGGGAAGGCGGCGGCGAGCGGCGAUUGCGAAGGCUCGGGUCGGCCGGUCGGGACGCGGUUUGCCCCGUUCUCCUCCUUCCUCGCUCGAUGCUGUCCUUGGGCAUCUCUGCGGGCCGAAGCUUGAGCAGAGCUAGAAACUCAAGGAUUUUACUCAAAAUGACAUUAGGAACAGAGAUUACAUCAUUUCUCAAGGUGUCUUCUUACAGUGGAGCUGACCAAAAUUUCCUGAAAUGGGAUCUCUCACCUGAGCAGAUUAGAACAAAAACUGAAGAACUUAUCAAGAAAGCAAAGCAAGUUUAUGACAAAGUUGGCAUACUUGAUAUGGAAGAAAUCACUUAUGAGAACACCGUACAGACUCUAGCAGAUUUAGAAGUGGAAUAUUCAGUGGAAAGGAGCAUAUUGGAUUUCCCACAACACGUAUCCCCUGAUAAAGAUGUCCGUGCGGCAAGUACCGAAGCUGAUAAAAAGCUUUCACACUUUGAUGUUGAGAUGAGCAUGAGAAAGGAUGUGUUCCAAAGGAUUGUCCAUUUACAGCAAAUGUGUAACCCUGAGAUUUUAAAACCAGAAGCUAAAAGAUACUUAGAGAAGUCAAUAAAAAUGGGGGAAAGGAAUGGGCUUCACCUUCCUGCAGAAGUCCAGAAUGAAAUCAAGACAAUCAAGCAGAAGCUGAGUGAAUUAUGUAUAGAUUUUAGCAAAAAUCUCAAUGAAGAUAACACAUUUCUGAUAUUUUCUCAAAAUGAACUUCGUAACCUGCCUGAUGAUUUUAUCAGUAGUUUAGAGAAGAUUGAAGCUGACAAGUAUAAAGUUACCUUAAAAUAUCCCCACUAUUUUCCUGUUAUGAAGAAGUGCAGUGUUCCAGAUACCAGGCGAAAAAUGGAAACUUCUUUUAACAGCAGGUGCAGAGAGGAAAAUGCUGACAUUCUUCGACAGCUUCUUCCUUUGAGGGCAAAACUAGCAGAACUUCUGGGUUAUAGCACACAUGCAAGUUUUGUUCUUGAAAUGAACACUGCAAAAAUAACAGACAAUGUUAUAACAUUCUUAGACGAUCUAAGUAAUAAGCUAAAACUUUUGGGUAAAGAAGAGAGAGCAUUUAUUUUAAAUCUGAAGAAAAAGGAAUGUGAAGAAAUAGGUGUCAAAUAUGAUGGAAAGAUUAACGCAUGGGAUCUACAUUAUUACAUGAAUCAGACAGAAGAGCUCAAAUAUUCUGUAGACCAAGAGAAGCUGAAGGAGUAUUUUCCUAUUGAAGCAGUCACAGAAGGCUUGCUGAAAAUUUACCAGCAGCUAUUGGGACUUAAAUUUGAACGAGUGGAAGAUGCUCAUGUUUGGCAUGAGAGCAUUACUCUUUACACAGUGAAAGACAGCUCAACUGGAGAAAUUCUGGGGCAGUUCUAUUUAGACCUGUACCCAAGAGAAGGAAAAUACGGGCAUGCUGCAUGCUUUGGUCUCCAGCCUGGCUGCCUUCUUUCUGACGGCAGCAGAAUGAUGUCAGUAGCAGCUCUCGUAACUAAUUUCACAAAACCAACCUUAGAUCGCCCAUCACUGCUGCAGCAUAAUGAAGUGAAAACUUACUUCCAUGAGUUUGGGCACGUAAUGCACCAGAUAUGCGCUCAGACUGAUUUUGCUAGGUUUAGUGGAACUAAUGUGGAAACAGAUUUUGUAGAAGUACCUUCACAAAUGUUUGAAAACUGGGUUUGGGAAAAAGAACCAAUACAACAAAUGUCCAGACAUUAUAAAGAUGGAAGUCGGGUCCCUGAUGAUCUCCUUGAGAAACUAGUAGCUUCUAGACUAGCCAACACAGGUCUUCUGACUCUUCGUCAGAUUGUUUUGAGCAAAGUUGAUCAGGCUCUUCAUACCCAGUCUUCGGCUGAUCCUGCGGAAGAAUAUGCCAAAUUCUGUGAAGAAAUUUUGGGUAUAUCUGCAACCCCUGGUACAAAUAUGCCAGCUACCUUUGGUCAUUUGGCAAGUGGGUAUGAUGGCCAAUAUUAUGGAUACCUGUGGAGUGAGGUGUUUUCUAUGGAUAUUUUUUACAGUUGCUUUAAAUGUGAAGGGAUAAUGAAUCCCAAGGCUGGAAUGAAAUACAAAAAUCUUAUCUUGAAACCUGGAGGCUCAUUAGAUGGGAUGGACAUGCUCCAAAACUUUUUAGGUCGUAAGCCAAACCAAAAAGCAUUUUUAUUGAGUAAAGGAUUAGGUACUUAGUAAAACUAUGAUUUUUUUUGGCAAAAGACAUCACCUAGGAGACCAUCUUAAAAUACUAUCAUGAAAAUUAAAAAAAGACACUUUGUUAGGGAAAGUGUACUUGAGGUUUUAAAUGUAUUUUAUUACCAGUUUUCAAAAUUAUAAUUCUCAUUUUCAUCUCAAACUUCAUACAGAAUCAUGAUACAGUAUUUUUUUUACUUGUUAGCAAUAUUUGUGCAUUGUGUUGAAUCGAAAGAAAAAUAUUGUUGCAAUUUUACAUGGUAGGUGUGUUAAAGCCAUAACAUUAAGCUUUUUGUACAUUUUUAGAUUUGAAUAACAAACUAAUCAUUACAUUUCAGCCUUGUUAGCAAAUUUUAUCAAAAUAUUUUAUUCUCUUUCUGAACUCUAAUGAACUCUAGCCCAAUAUCCUGAAGGACUCAUCAAAUCUUGACAUACUUGAUUAUUUUCCAUGGACACAGGGGCUCAAAUUCACAGAAACAACUUCCAAAAUGUUUCUUUUUUCAAUUAUGAUGUGAUCAGAAAUAUAGAAUCCAAGGAUAUUGCUUUAAAACAAACGUGCUGGGAGGAGAAAUAGACGCUUUUCCAGAGUUGAAACUGGCACAUAACUUUGGUUUCAAUUUCUAAGCCUGGGAUAGUUUCCUCCUCACACACUACUAUUCCAAUGUAAAGAAAUUUUGCUGUAAUACGUGUUCCUCAUGGGAACUGAAGCCAGCCUAUUCAAUGUUCUUUGUCAUUGUGCCAAGAACUCACUGCAGCCAAUCACCUGCCUUUCUAUACUUUUAUUAUGGGCCUUUUUACAUGGAAGAUAAGCUGCAGAAUUGUGGAAGAAAGAAGAAAAAACAAUGUUAUAUGUGAUUUUCCAAGGUAAAGUUUUUUUCUCAGUGCUGGUCUGAUUGUCAGUUGUCCUAGGGGCUUGCAGAGAAAGGUACAUGUGUGUGUAAAACUCCUCAGAAGCUAACACAUACUAAAGGUUUUAAAGAAGCUGUAGCACGGGGUGUCAAACUCACGUCGUCACGUGAUGUAUCACAACUUUUUUUCCCCUUCGCUAAACCGGGGUUGGCAUGGCCAGCACGUGAUGCAUCCAGGCUGCAAGUUUGACACCUGUGCUGUAGCAGAUAGAAGGAGGGAAUGUGGAGCAGAUGUGCCAGAUGAUCCAUGGCCAUGGAGAAGACCCAGGAAGGAGCCUGAUGCAUCUGAAAGAUCUGCAAAAAGAGCCAGCAGAAGGAAAACAUAGCUUUGGAUUCUAGGCUGUGGCAGAGCAAACUCCAUGGAGUCGAGAUCCUGGAUUACAAGGCAAUGGAGUAUUGAAGAGAUCAGUAUAAUCACCAUGUAAAAAGCUGGCUUGAGAAAGAAGGAAACAGAUUGGUUACUGUUAAUAAUAUUAUAUUUGCCUUGAGAUAUGGCUUCAGAAUUGAAGGAUUGUUGAAUGUAGCUGUGGUAAAGUAAUAAAAUGGCUUCAGAGUUGAAGAAUUGUUGAAUUUAGCUGUGAUAAAGUAAUAAAAUGGUAUGUGUGCAUAAUUAGAAAGUAUUAAAAGUUUUCAAUCCCUUGCCUACCUUAAUUAAGAUCCAUUUCAUGUGAUCAUGGACAUACUUAUUGUUUACAUCUGGUUGAUCACUAUGGUGGCAAAUACACAUUCACCUGAUGAAUAUUAAUCCUACAGGUAAUCUUUACAAUGUCCCAAGAUAUAUUAAAACUUCUAACAAAAACUUGGCAAUAAUCAUUUUUCUUCUCCUACAACAUCUUUCCCAAAUGUCCUUUUCAACCAGCAUGAACAAAGGGUCUAGGUUUCUCUACAUAUUGUAUGGUACAUGAUGAUACUGGUUUUUCCCCUUAAAUUUAAAUAAGCUUCCACAGGAGGAAAACCUUUCCCUGAAGAGAAUAUAUUUGGGCUAGAGGAAUAGCAGAGAAAAAGAUGCUGAUAGAAAACUGAUGGGGCUAAUAUUUGGAGAAAAUUAGUAGAUUUUGCUAAAUCAAUACAACAUGUUUGAAUAAAAUGUUUUCAUUGAUAUUGAUCACAAGAAUCACAACAAUCCAUGCUAAUAGAAAAACUGAAACACCCUCUUUUUUUCUUAACCAUUAAAAGUAACCAUAAUAGUUAAAUAUUUUUAAGAGUUAAAGUGCUAGAGGAGGAUUAUUUCUCAUUACAGCCAAAUAAAUGUGGACAAAUAAUGAGCAAGCAUUCCUCUUCAGUAGAUAGUUUCCCUAUCUCUUCCCUUCCUCCCUUAAACAUUGUUUUUAAAUAAUCUAGCUUGAAGAAGGUUUCUAACAAUUUUGCUUUUCUAAAUAAAUGCUAUGCUUUCUUUAGGUAAUUAUUAUUCCACAGAUUUUUUUCUCUCCAUUAGACAAGAAAAAAUGACUUUGGCAUUGCUUCUCCAUUCCAUUCCGUAGUCACUUCUAUUUUGUUUACCUUACUAGACCUGUGGAUUGUAGAAUGGGUAGCAUCCUUCAACAUAUCUACAAAAGUUUUGCAUGCAAGAUUAUUUUAACCACCACUUUUAAGGGAUGCUUGCCGGAUAGAAGCAUAUAAACAUUGAACUGAAAAACGCUGUUUAGUCCAAUGUUCUCUUCAAUGCAAAAAUCCAGUUAUAUGGGGCUGUCCAGCUUCUGAUUAACUAUACACAGGCAGAGAUUUUUCUUUAAUAUUAUUUUUUAUUUUAUUCAAAAAAAUAAAAUACAAAACUAAAAAAUAAUUGCACAAACAAAAAAAAACCCAAGAUGUUAAAAUGUGCAUUAGAAAGACACAAACACAUAUACAUAUAUUCUCCCCCCUAUACAUGUGUAUUUGAUGUCUCCUAAAUAUAGAAAAAUUAUUUAUUUGAGUUAAACUUCAUUAAUGUCAUUCUGAAUUUUAUUUCUGGUGGCACCACCUAAAUAGGUUAAUUGUAUCUGGUUCUGUGCCUUCUGAAAUAUAGAAUGUGUCAGACUUCGAUGCUAUCUCAAAAUAAAUGAAUUUCCAAACUGCCAA